GUUUAGAUCAACCCCUUUCCAUGUUUAAUCUAAUAUGUAGCUCCUUAUAUAAACAGAAAUCGCACGAUCAGAGAGGAUUAUAAAGAGCUACUGCUCCAGAAAUAAAAACAGAUGGCCCUGCCUGGUCGUAAAAAAGUCACCCAAGGUUUACAAGCCUCAUUUAUUUAUGUUCAUUACUUAGACUGAAGGAAAUACUGCAUCAAAUCUUUCGAGGACUUCCCAAGAAAACUGGUCAGAAGAGAGGAGCAUGGAUGCGAAUCAGGAUGUAAAAGAAUGAAAAGGAAUAGUAUGUUAGCAUAAGAGUGAAAUUCUAAUGAAGUAAUGUCAGGGUAUAUCAGUUAUAAUGAAUUUAUUUAAGGACUUUGGACUUGUUUAUGGCUAUAUUUAAAGCUGAAGACAUCGCAUCUAUAUAAUUCCAUAUUCCUGCCUUCAAUACGUUUGUCAAAGCCAUGGUGUCAGGGGUGGUGAUCCUGUCAGUCUACAUCCUGACAUUCCUGAUCGGCCUGCCAGCAAACCUACUUGCGUUGUAUGCCUUCAUCAAGAAGCUCCAUGAUAAACCCACACCCACCGACUUCCUUCUUCUCAAUCUGACCAUAUCCGACCUUCUUUUCCUGCUCUUUCUUCCUUUCAAGAUGUACGAGGCAGCUUCUGAAAUGCGAUGGCUUCUCCCUAGUUACCUGUGUCCCCUCAUUACGUUCAUAUUCUUCUCCACCAUCUAUACCAGCUCACUGCUCCUGAUGGCUGUUAGUGUUGACCGCUACCUUUGCGUGGCAUUUCCGGUCAAGUACAAGAUCCAUCAAAAACCUAUAUAUGGAGUCAUCUGUAGCAUCUUUGUCUGGUUCACAACGUCAACCCAUCUCUGCUUUGUAUACAUCGUGGAUCACCUGACUGGAGGAGAUAACCAGGGCCAUGACUGCUACAACAACUUUACUCAGCCCCAGCUGGACGUAGUGUUGCCCAUGCGUCUGGAGCUUUGCCUCGUCCUCUACUUCCUCCCACUCAUUGUUUGCACCUUCUGCUACACAAGAUUCAUUCACAUUCUCAGGCGCACAGCCAGCCUCAACAAGGAAAAGCGUCGCAGAGCCGUUGGCAUGGCCAUGGGGACCCUGUUGGUAUUUGUGGUCUGUUUCCUGCCCUACAACAUCACACACAUUCUAGGCUACAUUUUCAAGGACAAUGUGGAAUGGAGAUCCGAUGCGUUACUACUCACCACCGUCAACACAGUCUUCGACCCCAUCACUUUUUACUUCUCCUCAGCUGCCUUUCAGGGGAAUCUGAAGAGUCUUCUAAGACCCAGGACUAAGACGGCUGACAAUGGAAUAAAAAAUGUCUGCACUACACAGAAUCGAGCGAGACAAAGCAACGGGACAGAACAUAUACAAAAUAAUGAUGCCGGUGAAUUGCAAAGUACGUAGUAGAGUUUGAUCUC